GAAAAUAAAGGAUUCAGUUUUGACGACGUGGCAACGCUCUCAGCUAAAACUAAGCGUCACUUGUCAAGCAGAUUUUCUAUUCGAUGUUGUGCUUGUUUUAGGGAGAUAUGUGCGUUACUCAAAGUUUUCUAAUUAAAUAUUACAAAAUUUAGCUAAAAGUAAAGAUAAUGAUGGAACACCAAGAGCCUGCGUCGCCGGCAAGGCAAAAUGAAGGUGUCAACAGAUAUCCCACAUAUUACAGUGCUAAGAAACUGCUGAAGUCGCCAGUGGGCAUUAGAAAGCAGUUAACACCAUCAAUAAUAGAAUCAAAGUCGAAGAACAUUCGCGAGGAGCCACGCAAAGAGGAAAUGCUAAAGUCCCCACUGCACUGUGCUAAUGAAAACAUUGCUUCAAAUUCGAAAGCGAACUUGGGGCGUCAAUCGCCACGCAAUCAAAUGGAUUGUGCAACAGGGCGCAAGUUCGAUUUCAACAAACAAAAUAUACACAAGAUUGAAAAUCGUCCACCGCCAGCAAGUCAUAGUGAGGAUAUUGUCAAAGUUCCCACAUGUUUACGGUUUAGAUCCGCAACAGAAUGUCGCAGCAUUGAGAAAGUGAAAAUGCAAAAAAAUCAGCUAAGACUGCCAAUGCACCCUCCAACAAUAACCACUGACGAAGACUUCGAUUUAUUGGAUUCACUGGUGAAGAACAGUCGCGGCGAGCCGCGAAGAAUUGCGGAAUUGCUUAAGUCUCCACUGCACUGUGCCACAUCAUCCGCAUCCAAAAUUCCCUCUACACAUGCUUCAAAGUCAAAAGCGAAUUUAGUACGUCCAUCGCCACGCAAUCAGAUGGAUAAAAAUAUUCACAAAUUGAAGAGCGUAUCGACGUCAGCAAGUCAAAGUGAUGAUGUCCUAAGAUAUCGCACAUUUUUAAGAUCCACCACAGGACCUCGCAGCACUGAUGAACUGCGUCAGUCGCAACUGCAAAUGAAAUAUAAGCCGGUUUCCACAGUCAACAAAAAUCAGCUAAGAUUGCCAAUGCACCCUCCAACAAUAACCCCUGACGAAGACUUCGAUUUAUUGGAUUCACUGGCGAAGAACAGUCGCGGCGAGCCUCGUAGAAUAGAGGAAUUGCUUAAGUCUCCACUGCACUGUGCCACAUCAUCCGCAUCCAAAAUUCACUCUCAUGCUUCAAAGUCAAAAGCAAAUUUAGUCCGUCCAUCACCACGCAAUCAAAUGGGUAAAAUUAUACACAAAUUGAAAAGCCUACCGGCGUCAGCAAGCCAAAGUGAUGAUGUCGCAGGAGUUUCCACAUCCAAUAAAAAUCAGCUAAGACUGCCAAUGCCACCUCCAAGAAUAACCACUGAUGAAGACUUCGAUUUAUUGGAUUCACUGGCGAAGAACAGUCGCGGCGAGCCGCGUAGAAUAGAGGAAUUGCUUAAGUCUCCACUGCACUGUGCCAGUACAAAAAACAUUCGUUCAGUUCCCGCCACAUCGAAAAUUCCCUCGGCGACAGCGUUGGUUUGUGUGCCACGGCGCAAAUUAGAUUUCGGCAAGAAAACUGUGCGCAAAGAUGGAGAACGCACUCUGAACUACCUCAAACAAAUACCUGAUUUCCGUAUGAUUCUAAAGCGAGGCUUGCAUACUAUGAAUGUGGAUGAUUUUGUGGGCAUUACAAAUCAUUUGCUGUCACUCGCUGGCAGUCAGCUUAAGUUGAACAAGGAUAAUUAUAUUGAGCAAACGAUAUGUGCGAUGCAACUGAUAAAGUAUCCAUUUAAAAUAAGCCAAUCAGUCUUAAGAAUACCUAGUUUAUAUUUCCGUUCUGUGAUUCGGAUAUUCGAUUUUCUUUUGGAAAUUGCAACGGCAGAAAACGAAUUGGUGUUUAAGGACACUCAAAGUGAGUUACGGGAUGACUCAUUUGAUGCUACACCGAAGCAGGAGUUAGACUCCGUAAAACUAAAGGAUCUAUGCUAAAUUUUACAAAAAAGCCAAUCUAACUGAGUGUCGGCAACAGUUGCCUGCAGUUAGCCUGAAGCCUUCAGAAUAUGAACAGAGAAUGGGGUAGCAGUGCAUUGAAAUAUGGCGAAAAGCGAACAGCUAAAAGAAUUGAAAAGACACUUGAAGGCAAAAAAUACCCCUUAAACUCAAAAACUAAAAUAACUUUAAAAUAUAUGAAAGGCUGCGUAAAAUUUUGUUUGAAAAACACCAGAGAAAUAAAUAAAAUAUAUCUUAAAAA